AUGCCAGCUAGCGAUAACACAGCAACAACAAAUUUAUUGUUAACACUGAUGGCACGCUAUCGAAUGAGACAUAAUUCAUUUUGGUCUUUUCUGCAAAUGAGAACACUUCGUAAUUUUUUAAUUUGUACUUGUUUGCUUUUCUUGUCCUGUUUGUUAUUUACUUAUGUUGUUUAUUUAAAUUCCAACUGGAUAUACUAUUAUUUUAAACUUAUACUCCCGGAUGAUGAGGAAAAUGAGACUGUAAAAAAAAAUUAUUCACCUAAAUUUUAUCCAGGCAAAGUUCAAUCAAUUACUUUUGAUCAACGAAUAAAAUAUAAUGACUUCAAUUUUCUUGAUCGAUCAACAUUGAAUUAUUCAAGUCGAACAUAUAGUAAUGGCAUUACUAUACUCUAUCGUUUGCCAAGGUUAAAGAAACCAUCGGCAUUAUUAUUAAUUUUUCAUGGUUGUAGCCGGACAGCUUUAAAUUGGUUUCACACCGAAGAAAGGCAACGAAUAGUGGGUGCUGCUGUAGAUUUAGGAUAUGGUUGUCUAGCAUUUCAAGCAACAGAUACACAUAGUCGUUGUUGGUCUAGUACAGGUGAUUUAUUUGAUAAUGAUGAUGUUCAAAUGGUACUAAAGGGAUUAGAGGAGUUUUAUAAAGAACAUGGUGAUUUAGCUCGACUUCCUCGAUACACAUUUGGCGCAUCAUCUGGUGGUAUGUUUAGCAGUUUAUUUGUUCUCAAUGAUCGUUAUAAAGUCUCCGGUCAAAUAUUGUUUAUUAGUAUUAUUCACCCACAAGUGAUGUUUCUCAUCAGAAGUAAUAAUUAUCCACCAACUGCUUUUAUUCAUAUGUUAAGAGAUAUUGAAUUUGCAUCAGAAGAACGAAUUCAAAUGUCAACACAAACAUUUAAAAGUCAAAAUAUUCCGUAUAAAAUGUUUCCUGUAGAACCAAUUGUAGUACGAACAUCCACAUUUCAUAACCGUAUACCGUCGAUACCUCUAGAAGUAUCAAAUUAUUUAUACUAUAAAUUACAACAAAAUAAAUGGUUAGAUGAUGAUGGGUAUAUGAUUCAUAAUCCAAGACGUGUUAAAACAUGGCAACGUUUUCUUUAUGAAACAAAGCAGAAACUUAUACUAGACAGAUUAUUUACGUUUAAUGAUACACUUCCAGAUUUUUUAAAUACAAUCUAUGGUGAACAUGAAAUUAGUUAUGAACGCUCGUUUGAAGCACUAAAGUGGUUGAAAAGUUUAAACGAGCAGCCAGAAAACAAAGUAGAAAAACAAAAGAAAAAAAUAUAA